CAAAUGGGAACGUGUUAACGUGAUGUGGGACUAUAAAGCCCAGAACAGUUUGAGAUCUCCCUGCCGAAGACCAUCUCUCCUUCACCAGAACCAGGAACACGUCAUUCAUCACCAUGAAGACAUCACCUGUCCUCUGUGUCCUCCUGGGUGUUGUCUUCUCUGUCAGGGCUGCAUCAGUGCCUCCUUCUGUAGAGGCUGUCACUGUUACAACUGUCGGCCCUGUGACGGUUACAGGGCUUUACAACGACACUACUGCCACAUUCACCACUCGUCCAAGUUCACCGUACCCUACAGUCACAUUAACUCCCAAUAUUUCUCCUUCAUCAACAACAACAACAACCGUUACUACCGUCAGCCCUGUGACAGUUACAGGGCUUUACAACGACACUACUGCCACAUUCACCACUCGUCCAAGUUCACCAUACCCUACAGUCACAUCAACUCCCAAUAUUUCUCCUUCAUCAACAACACAACAACAACCGUUACUACCGUCAGCCUUGUGACAGUUACAGGGCUUUACAACGACACUACUGCCACAUUCACCACUCGUCCAAGUUCACCGUACCCUACAGUCACAUCAACUCCCAAUAUUUCUCCUUCAUCAACACAACAACCGUUACUACCGUCAGCCCUGUGA